CAAAAGGCUGAUGGUUGUUGUUUGGUUCCGCAAGUGGUUGUGCAAAUAAAGGGAUGAACGCAAAAGGCAAAUCGAACAUUUGGUUCAAUUUUCAACUCGUUUCUUUCCUUCCUUCCAUCCGUACUUGCGUUGCCCCCCAAACUCCAAUAUCAAACUUGUUUUUCAACCAUACUUCCAUAUUCUGAUCGCCGUUGUCAUUUAGACGGCAACCCUUUUUGAAUUUACCCACCUUUUUUUCAAGACGUCCAACCUGCGCGCACCAACGCAUACCACCGUUUCGCCCUCAAGCUCAAUUAGCGUACGAAACGGUGCAACAAGGAUGGCAAACCCUUCUUCAUCCCAUCAUGAGCGUGCCGAACGUGACCGCGAGCAUCGUCACCGCUCAGAGCGACACCACCAUCACCGAACCAUAUCCUCAACAACCCUUUUACUCGUUCUUUCCCUAGUUCUUGCAGUCCUCGCAGUCAUGCUUUCACUACCCGCCUCUAGCAGUGCAAGUGCAAAGGCAGCAGCAGGAGCAGAGGACCCUGCCGCAUCUGGACUCUGGGGUUAUCUCACUCCCAAACGAUCGCAAGCGCUUGUAGCUCGCGAGAGCUCUGUUGCUGGACGUGAAGCUGAAGUGGCGCGUCGCGAGGCAGAACUACUCGUCGGCGCGCCCGGUGGUGUGCUUCCGGCUCAGCAGUCCCCAAUCGUUUGCCCUGUCUGCCCUACCGCCACCAUCGUAGACUUUGCGCCUGCACAGACCAUCAUUAAAGAGGUCGUAAAGGAGGCAGACCUUGUACCCCCAGGGUGGUGGAAGGAGGCCAAUGCCCGUGCUGAGGAGAUUCUAGAUCGCGAGCUCAGAAUUGGCGACCGAGAACGCGAGAUUACCCGCCGCGAGGAGAGUGUCAACAGAAGAGAGCAUGAUGCUUCGAGACGCGAGGCUUGGAUAAUGGAACAGCUUGUUCUCAUCAACAACGAUGGAGCCUCCCUCGAGGAAGAAGUGUUCUAUGAGCCUGCUGUUAGCAAGCGGAAACUCAAGGAGCUUCCUCCCAUGGUAAUCGCAGAAACUGAAACAAAAACUAUCAUUCAAUAUGAAACUUUACCUGCCUCGACUGUCACGGUUCCCCCACCCGCCAAUACCCGUUUUGCUGCAUUCCCUACACCUGAAGUGUUUUCAUCGAGCUACACCACUCAAAUUCCCAGAACCACCGCCAUCACUGUUGAAGAAGAUUUUAUUCGUGAGCCCUUGCGGGCUGAAGAGGUAGAAGAGUACGAGGUGGAAGAGUAUGAAGAUGAUGAUGUGAGAGCAGUCACACUUCGCCGCAAUGCCCGGCCGAACCGGCGACCGCCACCAAAUUCACGUGGCUGGUUGUGGUAAAUGGACCUAGUUGCUCUUUUUUUAUUAUUCGUUUGACCAUCUGCUUCAUCUUUAUUCCUUUUUUCUUCUUCAUCGCUGCGUAGUUUCCCAUAACUUCAUUCUACUUCAGCUUUGGCAUCUCCCUUUAUGCACGACACGACAACUGACGGUUCAUGGAGACUGCGUUUGAUACGUACAGAUUGAGACGGCCUAUGACAUUACGAUGGGAUACGCGUUGCUUUCUUGAGUAUGUAGUAUAGUAUAGGUUAAGCUACGAACUUUUGACUACUUGUGUCCCCUGCUCUUGGAAAUAUACAAUUUAGCGGCGGGUUUUCGCUGUGCAUACUUUC